AUGGGGUUACGCCGUAACAAUCUCUUCGCAAUUGGGACAAUUCUUGCCCCAGAGAAUAAGCUUGAAUUCUUCUCAGGAACAGACUGGGCAGAUAACAAUUAUAAAUGGCGGGAAAAAUAUGAGAACUCUUUACGGCGAUACCUUCUCAACUACCAACAGCAGCUAGCCUCUCCACCUUUACCAGUGACUGCCGUUAGCCAGACGACUAGUCAGUUUAGGGGAUCAUUCAGUGACUCUCAGCCUCAGCAAGCUAAGAAGCUAAGCACUAAUAAUGAGCUUACAACCUACCUUAAUCUUGGACAACAGACUGAACAAGAUCCCUAUACGUACUGGCGAGACCAGCAGCGUCAAUUCCCAACUCUUGCGCGGCUAGCACGAGAUGUCUUCUCUAUUCCAGCAACUGGAGCCGGUGUAGAACGUCUUUUUAACUCUGCCCGAGAUAUAUGCCACUACCGGCAUGGGUCUCUUUCACCAUCGACAAUUCAAGCCUUAAUGCUAUUUCGGUGUACGUCAAAUUUCGAAGUUGAGCAAGAUGAGCUUGAUUCAUAUGAGCAAGUCUAUACUCGUGAAGAACUUGAUGAGAUCGAAGAGAGGCGUGAAGCUGCCUUUCUUAAGCUUGAUGGGAUUAAUCCAAUUAGUGACGACGAAGAGGAAGACUUACCUAGUCAGUCACAACGUCCUAUCCAGCGAUCAAAGCAACGACCAAGCCAGCGAUCAAAGCAGCGAUCAAGCCAACAACCUCUUAGAAAGAGACGGAAACGUAGCCGAUCACUUUACUCCAUUCCAGACGAUGAAAAUGACGAAGAGAAUCCUACGAUCUCUCUACCAGGUCUUCCAGAUCCAGAUCCAGGUCUAGAUCCAGAUCUAGAUCCAUAUCUACAUCAACCUCCAGCUUCAUCUUCUUCUCCAUCUCUAGAACCUCUAGAGCCUUCACAACCCGGACCUUCACAAGGUAGUGAGCUAGAGCUAGAUCUUCCACCGCAAAAAGGAGAGGCAACCCAGUCCCGGAUGUCAACGAGAUUCCAAGGUGAAAAGCGCCCAAGACGAGAGGAUUCUAUGUUCGUCAGUAACUAUUGA